AUGGAUUCGUCUCUGCGUAAUCUGAAAGAUCUCAACAACAAGAUCGGCGAGCUACAGGCGGCCCUGAUCAAGCGAUAUGGCAACCUCAUCGGCCUUGCAGCAGUCAGAAACAAGCAGACCGAUCGCUCUGUCACUGCAGUCACACAAUACCAGAUUCAAACCGAGACUGCUGCGCUAAUCCGCGCUGCUGAAGAAGUCCAGAGUCUCAUCCGCCAAAUGCAAGAAAUGUGGCUUUUCGGACAGCUGAAUACUCUGGAUGAAUCGAAGGCGCAGAAGCAGUCGGAUGAGAAUGCCGCUGUUGUGGCUGAUUUGCUGAAACUUUUGCAUGAGAAGAAGAAAUCCGCUGAAGGGGGCUAG